UAAAAACAAAUUCAUAGCUAUUUGCAUUCAUUAUGACUUUCCAAGGAUCCUUCUUUGCUACACUCUCCAACUUACAACAUACUCAUGAUAGGGGGCUGCUCUUAGGGAGUGUCUUGCUGUCUGGUUGCAAAGAGCUGAUGGUGUGGAUAAAAAUGGAGGAACUAACUAUGUAUCACUAGCUAAUGCUGUAGAGAGAUUGGGACAAAGAGCUGGAGCUGAUGACAUACGAAGAUAAUGUGGAAUUGAAACAGCACAAGAGGAUGCCCCUGUCAUUAAGACUGGAGGGAGGAGCCCAGUGACUCCAUUACCAGUACAGGAAGACAGUUACAUUGCAGAAGAAGAAGAAGAAGAGAAACCAUCAAAGAAAGAAGAUGAAGAUGAAGGAGAAGGAGGAUUUCUCAAUAUCUACUGCUGAGGCUCAUGGUCAUUCAGUUAUUAUUGCUAAUGAUCCUGAUGCUGAUAGACUGACCUUGGCGGAAAAACAACCGGGGAAUACUAAUGAGGGAGGGAAGGGCAACUGGCGAGUGUUUACUGGCAAUGAGAUUGGGAGCAUGUUGGGCUGGUGGGCCAUGGAAAAUUUUAAGAAAAUAACAAAAAUUUUGAUGGUUAUAAAGUCCAUUUAAUAUGCAGUACAGUUUCAUCAAAAUUAUGAUGAUCAAUAGCUAAAGUUGAAGGGAUCCAGUUUUCAGAAACUCUCACUGGGUUCAAGUGGAUGGGUAACUUAAGCCACACCCUCCUUGAGAAAGGAGAGGAGGUUCUCUUUGCUUUUGAAGAAGCAAUAGGAGUCAUGUUUGGUACUACAGUACUGGAUAAAGAUGGAGUAAGUGAGUGGAGCUGCUGUGACUGGAGAAAUGGCCGCCUACCUUUACUCUAAUGGAGAGAAAUUCUCUUCACUGUUAGAAGACAUUUAUUUAAAUAUGGUCGAGUUGUCUCAAGCAAUUCUUAUUUCAUAUGUCACUCAAAAGAAGCGAUAAAAGAAGUCUUUGAUGGACUGAGAAAAGAUGGACAAAUCAUUAUAAUGAGUAUCAGUAUCCCAGUACUUGUGGUCCAGCUGGUGUUACUAGUGUAUGUGAUAUUACUGUUGGGUAUGACAGUACCAGACCUCCUCACUAUUUAAACCAGUAUUACCAGUUGAUCCUGGUAGUCAGAUGAUCAUGUUGUCUUUGGAUAAUAAUUGUGAGUUCACUUUGAGGGCCUCAGGGACUGAACUGAAGAUCAAGUAUUAUGUGUACAUGUUCAGUCCUCCUGGAGUACAUGUUGAUGAUCCUCACUUAAAGAUACUCUGUCUCAUACUGUUGAUGAUAUUAUUAAUGAAUUUAUUAAAACAGAUUAUUAUAAUUUAAUAUAUAGAUCUAUUUAAUAAAAGAUGUUAUGUGAGUCUAUUGUAAUGUGUUUAGUUUUUAAUGUUAUUGAUUGGUUCAAUUUGGUUGUUGUGAUAAGUUUGUGUCAUGUGAUCAGUAAAUAGUUUGUUGUGUGGGAGUGAACUGUCAAGAUGGCCACUGGUGGAUCAGGAAGGAAUACUAAAUAUGAAGGAUGGUUAUUAUAUGAGGAGAAAGGUUUAAAUGAAUAUGUAGCAAUAUUUACUGUAGCUAAAAAUGAAAACACAAUCCAUGAUUAUAUUGGAAGGAAGCACCCUAGAGCUUGGAUACAUUAUAAUAUCUUCUUUACAUUUGUCCGGCAGCAAGACUCUACACUUACAUCAAGAGGUGAUUAUAUUGAAUUAAAGUUUGAUACUCCACAAAUUAAGCAAACCACUGGAUGGAUUAUUAAACCUGACACAGUACCUUGUAGAAUAUAUAGAAGUAAUGUUGAUAAGGUUGGUACACCUGGUUAUCCUGACCCUCCCUCCUGCAAUAUAUCAGUACAUGCUUCACUUGAUGCUGUUUAUAGACUACAUUAUACUAUACCAGUGGAAGGUGUGGUGGUUACAGAUGGUGGCACAUUGUACAUUGAAAGGACAUUGAGAAGUCCUCUCUUAGACAUUAAUGAUUUACAGUAUGUACUUGACACAUUGAAUGAAUCUGGCUUCUCACAGACGAAAUGGUAUGAUCUUGGUAAUGCUUUAGGAUUAUAUCGUAGUACACUGAGGACUAUUAAAGAUGAGUGUGCUGGAGAUGAUCAAGGAUGUCUUAGGCAGUGUCUAGUAAAAUGGUUAGAGAGAGCUUAUUGGGUUGAUAUUAAAGGAGGUCCAAGAAUGUUCUCUCUAUGUGUUACUCUUGAGUACAUUCUUGAGAAAGGAGCAGCUGAUUAUAUCAGAGAGAAGAUUAUUGAUAAAGAUUCUCCAGAGUUACGUCACUAUCGUGAAGCACUUAAGACUAUCGUGACGUGUCAUCUUACUAAGGCAGUAGUUCAAGGAGAAGCUCGUGUUGGUAAAACCUGUUUCAAGUCACUUCUACUGGAUGAAAAGUACGUCAAAGCAAGUACCGGUAUUGCUGAGCCGAGAGUUGGUAUCUACUGCUACAGACGAGAUACUGGGAAACGAUACAAGUUAUUGGAUGUUGCAGAGUUAGAAGAAAUUGUUAAAAAUGCUUUGAAAAAAGAUGCAACAGAAAAAUUGAUCAAUUUUCCAUUAGAAAAUCAGGUCAGUGAAGGUAUCGAUCAAAAGAAACCGACCAGAGGAAAUGACGCAGCUGACGAGACUGACGAUGGAUUUGUAGAUGAAUAUGAAGCCACCGAAGGACCUGGCGAUGGAGAUGGAGCACAUGGAGAUGAAAAGGAAAGUUCACUGAGUCAAGAAGUAGAGAAAGUACUUGAUGGAGUGCGACAGUGUUCAGGGAAGGAGAAUCGUCUUGAAGGUGCUCAAUGGCUAUACCUCAUUGAUACAGGAGGUCAAAUCGCUUUUCAAAAGUUGCUUCCAAUUUUUAUGCCGUUUGCUCAAGUUCUUAUUCUGGUUGUUAAUAUUUCAAAAGAGUUGUCUAGUGGCUCCACUGCAGUGAUGCACAUUGAAGGUGAGGAUCACAGUGAUGGGAGUCCAUCCAGAUUGACGGUCGAAGAAGUUUUGAAGCAAAUUAUUUCUUCAAUAGCUUCUGGCAUGCAGCAUUUCAGGGAUAGCUAUAAAGAUCAUGAAGUUCUACGAGAUUUAGUUCCAGAGAAAUUGCAGGUUCUGACAAUUGGUACACAUGGAGAUGAAUGCAGUGAUGUAGCAGAGUCUAAAAACAUAUUAGCAGAAAAAUUGGCAGAAAUAAUCAAAGGAAAUGAUGAUUGUGAGUCAAUUGAAGCUGAUCGUGUAGUUCGUGUACGGGAAAUUGAUGGUCGUAUUGCUAGUGCAGCUGUUGAAGAAAGAGGAAACGAGACAAAUUUUAAGAACACGAAGAUUUCGUUGGAUGAUGUAGAUGAGAUCUUAACGAAAGAUGAUAAAGGAAUCAACAUUCCAUUUUAUUACUACUUCUUUGAUAUCGUACUUCGUGUUGCAGCAAAAGAGGGAUGUGGUGUCUUGCGAUUAUCCACCUGCAAAAGUCUUGGGGAAGAUUUAAAACUUUCAAAAGAUGAGGUUAUGGAGUCUCUUAAUUUCUUGCACCAUAUCAACAGUAUCAUUUAUUAUCAUGAUUCUAAAGCCUGCAGUGACCUGGUGUUUGUUAGCAUAGGCAGUCUCAUUGGUAUUCUCAAGGAGCUGGUCGGGCAUGUUCAUGUUGUUCACUCCAAUAAAGGAUACGCUGGAGAUGAUGACGUUAUAAAGGGGAUCCUUUCAGUAGCCAAGUUUAAAGAGAUUUGUAAAGAACAAUUUGACCCCAUCACAGAAAAGCUAGAAGUUGUUGAUAUUGCAACGAAAUUGCUGAAUCUUUUCCUGGAGCUCUCAAUAGCUACACUAAUAGAUGAUAAAUAUUUCAUACCAGCUCUCCUUCCAGUAAGAGAUGUUACAGAUGUCAAUCCUUAUAAGGAUCGUGAGCCAUUGCUGUUUUACUUCAAGAAGGCUACCCCAAUGGGCCUUUUCUGCUCUGUUGUUACUCAUCUUCUUUCAAACUUUAGCUACAAAAUUGCUUCGAUAGAAAGUAAUUUCUCUAACUGCAUCGAAUUGAAAUAUCGUACAGAAGGGGUUGCGACAUUUUACAUUACUCUAGUUGAACAGAUCAAUUGCAUUGAAGUCCAUUGUGAGGAGCAGAGAUGGGAAGGGAUAGUCAGGGAAGAUGUCAAAAUGGCGAUUGCUUCUGCAGCUGAAAAGCACAAUCUUAGUACCAGUCAUGAGAUCCGGUUUUAUUGUUCAUGUCAGCGUGGUACUCCUGGAGUAGGAGGAGGUGUGGCUAAAGGGAAGAAGCAUACAGUUGAAGUCGAGACCAUCAGUAAGGAGCAUACCUUCCGAUGCAGUGAGAACCCACGUAUAAAAUGUCAAGAGAAGAAAGAAUUAUGGAGCUCCUGGCUUGACGCUGAUACACCAAACUCUCCUCCUUCUAAUGAUGAGUCAACUUCUUCUCCUACAAAACAAAGUACUCCUCCACAAAGAAGUGUAUCUGAGACUGGAAGCACUGGCUCUCCACAGGAAACCAAAGGCCUCAAGGAGCUUACUACUCCACAAACAAAUUUAUCUGACAUGAAAGGCUGUGCUUCUCCACAGGAGACCAAAGAUCCAAAGGAGAUACUACAGAAAUAUUCAGCUAAGCUAACCAAGGCAAUAUCAGCUAAUGUUGGUGAUGUAGCUAAAGCAUUGUUUGCCAAAGAUCUAAUAACACAAUGGACUAGAGAAUAUGUAGUGACAGCAGUUGGUGUAGCUACAGCUGAUAAAGCUGAUAGAGUAAUGAAUGAUGUCAUGGGUCAAUUAGAAGCUUCUCUUAAUGAAGGACAGUAUUUAGCUGAUGUGUGUAAUAUUUUGAUUCAGCAAGGUGCAGCAAUGAAACAGAUAGGAAACGUUAUGCUUAAAGAACUAGGAGAAGACACUGCUACUGUCCAUCCUCCUCUUCCUCAAAGUGGAGCUAGUGUUGCUAGUGAAAGCAAGGCCGAGCUUAAUAUGAGAACAGCCAUGAAGAUAUUUACUCCUUCUGCUCACCAUUACAGACUGAUAGGAAUUGGAUUGGGUGUAGAAUUAGCAGAUCUGAAAGACACAGAUGAAGUAACUAAUAAUCUUAUUAAAGUAUUCCAGAGGUGGUUUGAUGCCAAUGAAGAUGUUAGUUGGGAUGCUUUAAAAGAACUUUGUGACAACUAUCCUGAUCAACUGGGCAAAGCAAAGGCUAAGCUAAAUGAAGUACUCUGCUGUCAAAAAAAUUGUUCACUGCAAUAG